GUCGGGAACUACUUUGCCGAAGUCCAGGUUGUUGAAGCUUCAUCACUUGCCAACAUAGACAAUAGUCUACAACAAGACGACGUCGUUCUCCUAGUACAAUCGGGCUCUCAGGGACCGGGAGGCAACAUCCUCAAGAAGUAUACGACAGAGACGCACACUAGCUUCGAAGGGGGUAGUGCAGAUGCAAUCGGAUACAUGGAAGAGCAAAACCAGGUCUGUGCAGCACCAACGUACGAUCCGAAGAUUCAGUUACCGCCCAGCUUUCUUCCACUGCCCGGAUCCAGAGGCACACCGACGCUCAUUCUGCAGCUAACGUUCUCAACCUCCAAUGCAUGGGGUCUGGAGAACGAGCUUUCGCUUACCCACGGUGCGGGACGCGCCAUGUCUCGGGCAAAGGCACUGUUGGCAUUGGCACAGAAGUACAAAGGUCAAAACAUCCUGGAGCCACGGUUGACAGACUUGCAAGGCACGUGGGUCAUUUGUGACGAAAAAGACCUUGUUUUUGAAGAAGCUCCAAACGCAUACAAAGACGUCCAGGCUGUCGGUCAAGAUCUAGUCGAUGCCGAUACAGCGCAAGUUGUCGGUUGGUGUCGAGCUAGGAUCAGCUACAAGGUCAGAAAUGAGACGCGUUGA